GCCUUUAUCGGAGGCGGGGUGUUCCAUUGGAAAUGAACAUCUCCGGGCCUGGGAGAAAGGAUGAAAAAAUACUCACGAGCGAGAUAAGUAGCGAUGGCGACAUCUUUCUUAACUUCUUUUCUUUACUUCUAGAUGGUUUCUUUAUGUUUUCUGAUUUACUGCUUACUCUCUGAUUUCUUUGCCACGACCUUGUGAGGCUUCUCUUUUGCCUUCAGUCAUUCAACAAGCAUAACGCACUACCACGCGCAACAUAUCCACCACUCUGAGCACGCCGACUUCUCUCCAUCGUAUUCACCAUGGAGCCCGUAUCCCUCCUUACCUCAAUUGACUGCACAUCUCAUGUGCAUCUCAUCAUCGGCUCCAAUCCCCUGGCAUCAGCAAGAUGUGCCAAAUCCCUCGAAGUGGGCGCGAAGCCCCUACUACUCGCCCCCGAGUCUGCGGUACUCCAUUAUGCCUUGCAGAACAGGAUAGACAGCGGACAAGUUACCUGGGUAAAGAAGUCGUUUGAGGAUGAGGAUGUACUCCGGCUUGGGAGGGAAGAGAUUGGUGGGGUGGUUGAUGCUGUGUUUGUUACCUCAGGGUCUCGGGAUCCAUUGAGUAUGUUAAAACACCCCUUUGGGAAUUACCCAGAAAUCUGAAGUUGACAUUCUUCGAAGGUGCUCAUAUCUCGAAGCUCUGCAAGAGAAAUCGAAUUCCGGUCAAUGUGUCGGACGCUCCGUCACUCUGCACUUUUAGUCUCCUUUCCACCUACACAGACGGCCCUCUGCAGAUAGGAGUCACGACGAAUGGUCGAGGAUGCAAGCUCUCUUCCAGGAUACGGAGAGAGAUUGCUUCGUCACUACCUCCAUAUCUGGGCGCAGCUUGUUCCCGGCUGGGAAUGAUUCGAAGAAAGAUACAAGAGGAGGACCACCUCUGCCAUACUGCCGCCCCCGUCGAGCUCGAUGAAGAGGAAUCAGUGGAUCAGUCGUCAAGCUUCAACAAACUGAUUACUGAAGCUGAUUUUGACGCUGCGAAAAAUAGAAGAAUACGAUGGCUUUCCCAGAUUUGCGAAUACUGGCCACUUCGUCGACUGGCAAAUAUAACGGAUGCGGACGCAAACACAGCUCUCGAAUCCUAUUCUGCACAUUCUGUAUCAUCGCCACCUUCACUUGACCAUACGCGAAGUUCUUCAACGUCCACCCAAAGGAAAGGACGCAUAAUUUUGGCUGGAAGCGGUCCAGGUCACCCAGACCUCCUUACUCGUGCGACUCACAAAGCCAUUCUAUCUGCAGACUUGAUUUUGGCGGACAAACUCGUCCCAUCCGGAGUUCUUGAUCUUAUACCACGUAGGACACCUGUUCAUAUCGCUCGUAAGUUCCCGGGUAAUGCGGAGCAAGCACAAGAAGAGUUAUUGUCAAUGGCUCUUGCGGGUGUCAAGACAGGAAAAACAGUACUUCGACUUAAACAAGGUGAUCCGUAUAUAUAUGGUCGGGGAGGGGAAGAAUACGAGUUCUUCCGUAAAGAGGGAUACGAGAAGGACAUUUGUGUACUUCCGGGUAUAACAAGUGCCCUUAGUGCCCCAAUGUUUGCAAUAAUUCCAGCGACUCAGAGGGCAGUCAGCGAUCAAGUGUUGAUAUGCACGGGAACAGGAAGAAAAGGAAAGCCUUCCACACCGCCAGAGUUUGUAGAAACUAGGACGGUUGUCUUUUUGAUGGCAUUACAUAGAAUCGGCGCCUUGGUAAAGGAUCUGACCACAUGGGAUUCAGCAGAUGCGAAGAUAUUGCUUCCAUCAGAAGAUGGAGUGGAAGUGGUAGAUCGUAGCAGGAGACUGUGGCCGACUUCUACGCCAUGUGCUGUUAUCGAGCGAGCCAGUUGUCCGGAUCAACGUGUGAUUCGAACCACUUUGGAGUUCGUAACCAGCGCCAUUGAGAGCGAAGGAAGUCGACCUCCUGGAUUGCUAGUUCUUGGGAGAUCAUGUGAAGCAUUAAUCAAGGGCGAUUCCAGUCGAAAAUGGACUGUAGAAGAGGGAUGGGCUGGUUUGAAUUUUGGUGAUUUUCCUGGUGAAGAGGAAGUCUUUUCAACUAGUGAAGCUGUAGAGGAAAAAUCCGUAAAAGUUGGAAACGAAUGAUGACAUAUUGAGCGGGUCACAUUAUAAGAGGGAAUCGGAUUUGAUGCA